AUGGAAGAUACACAAAUGCUCGAUGUGAUCGAUGAGCCGACCAAUCUCAUGGCCUUCGACGAAAUGGAAGUCGACCACCAAGUACCAGUACCACCCGCUUAUCAUGACCGCAUGGCUGGAGAGACCAGUCCCACGUAUCUUGUCCGGAUUUCGCGGUACUCCAAGUCCAACCCUCCUAUGGCUUACCCGUUGACAACACUGAAGGCUCCCAAGAAGUCGCCACCGAAAGUACGCUUUCGUCCUUACCCCGGUGCCCGCAGGUGGCUUCACGCUAGGGGAAAAUUGGCUCCGCCUCGCAAGGAGCAUGUUCCGCUCAAAGUGAAGCCUGUACUGAAGUCUGUUUGUGAAGUCAUGGGGCUUCGUCGUCCACUGAGCCUAAAGACAACGACCCAUGCACCGGACCAUUUGGCUCCCGUCACAAAUCCUCGAAAGCGACAGCUCGAUGACGACGGCAGCCAGCCCGAUACGAAACGCCGAGAUCCAGAUGACACCAGACGCGUGAAUAUCGACGGGCCAGUUUCCAAAGAAGACACACCUGUCCCUCACUUUCCUGGAUCAUGGCCUCAAGAUCCGCCAACGAACGAACCGUCAACCCCCCCGAGCAACUUCGUUCCCUUGAUGUCAGGUGCUCUGCAAAACAACCCUCACGACCGAACUCCUGGAGGAAUUGUGCCGAUUUCACCGAAUGGCACCCAUAUCCCUCCGGAGUAUCUCGAAGCUGAAUUCGAUCACGAUAACCAAAGUGGCAUCAGUUCUUGGCGCGGCCUUUGGCUCCCGUGCCACAAGGUCGCCGACAUCUGUAUGAGAGUGCAACGGGGACUGAGACAGACUAUCUUGAGCACCGUCCAGGUCGCCGUAGAGGUCCUAGGUUCCGUUAAACGGCGGGCCUUUGGUAUCGAAAGGCGCCAGGAAUCCAGAGCAAUCCACAUUCCACUUAGCUCCAGGAAGAGACUCGAAGCACGUCGCCGUGAGAUGCUUGUUGGAAAAACUCUGGAGCAACGGCGUGCCUUAAGGGACCAGUGGAAAAGACAAGACCGGAACUUACCUCCAUCCCCGACGAGACCCCAGCAGGAGCGCCUCAUUGCGAAGUCGGGAAACGAACCGUUUACUGUUGGUCCUCUUCCAUCUUUGGAUCGUGAACAGUUCUCAACUCCGUCGCUUGCCCUAUCCGAAGUUCCCCGCCGUAAGGCUGCCGCACACAAGACGACAAAGUCAUCCCUCAAAAAAGGCCCGCCCCGACGGAACGCUACACCCAUCGUGACCCGAAAUGGUUCUCCUCUGCCGAAGGAUGUUCUAAAUCGCACCAAAACAAGUCGAAUCACCAAGUCGAAAAGCUGGAACUCGGUGUCUAAACACAAAUACGUUAAAGGCGAGUGGGUGCGGACGAAUAACGGCUUCGUCCCGCCGUGGCUCCGCAACAUUCCACAGCAUAGAGUUUCACUUGAUUCCCUCGAUCCUUCGUUUUUAGAAUUACACAACAUACCGUUGACUUCACCGCCGCCGAUGACUACCGAAUACGCAUCGCCAUCUUUUCCCACCGAAUACGUCGAGCCGUCGGCCUCACGUCCUUCUGUCGCUACUUCUACCAUCGAAUCUGCUGCUGAAUUGGCUCGUCCAUCUGCACCACGUGCUGUCGACACUACUACUGCCGGAUCUACUACUGAAGCUGCUCGCCCACCUACACCACGUCGCACUGCUACCAUCGAAUCUACGGCCGAGCUAUGUCUCCCAUCUUCACCGCGUUGUGCUGCGAACACUGCUACCGCCGGAUCUACUACUGAAACCGUUCGCCCAUCUACACCACAUCGUACCGUCGACCCUACCACUACUUCUGAAGCUACUGUUGAACCUGUUCAGCCUACAUCAUCACGUUGUACGGUCGAUACUGAGUUUUCUGUUGAAGACGAGCCUGUCCUUCGCCCCGAACUGGCACCUUACCUACGGCGUGUUCCGCAGCCGGCCCACGUGGACGAUACUAGAGCAGAUGACGCUGUCGAAAACGAGCUCGGCCAAGCAUUACAGCAGCUAUCAGUUGCCCGUGUUGAAGAUGAGCCCGCCGGACACAGCCCGCUGGCUGUCCACUGGCUCCAGUCGGACACACCAUUAGGCCGACCAAUCUCAUCCGUCCGGCUUUUCAACCCAGAAUCGCCGGUACGGCCGCCGCGACGCAACGAAGCUCUUUACGAGCACGAAUGGCGGCAGAAGGACCAACUCAAUCGGCGGGGCCGGCGCCUCCGUCCGGAACCAGGACGCGCCGUGCGGCCAUUGUCCCCCCAGUGGGAGGCUCGGGUGGCCGACGCCAUGUCGGCACCCAAUUCCCGGCAAUUGGCAACCACGCUGAACGGCGAUCCACUGACCCGUCGUGACCUGGCAUCCUGUCACACCCCCGAGGCCUGGCUCAACGACGAGGUAAUCAACGCAUACCUCCUCCUCCUCGUUGAUUACCUCCGCCGGGUCUCGGGGAACGCGGGUCGGCUGGAUCGGCCGAAGUACCACGCGUUUAACUCCUUCUUCUACUCCAAUCUUCGCGAUCGGGGGUACGAGUCUGUUCGUCGUUGGGCGACCCGCGCGAAGAUUGGAGGAGAAGCCCUCCUGGACGUGGACAUGGUAUUCGUACCUGUCCACAAUAGUGCUCAUUGGACCUUGUUGGUCGUCCGGCCGGCCACAAGGUCCAUUGAGUACUAUGACUCGCUGGGCUCCCGUUCGCUUGCCCAUGUCAACAACAUCAAGAAGUGGCUGCGGGGAGAGUUGGGGGACCACUACGUGGAGGAAGAGUGGGCCGUCCUCCCCUCCAACUCCCCGCAGCAAGACAAUGGCAGCGACUGCGGGGUCUUUCUCCUAACCACGGCCAAGGCCCUGGCCGUGGGCCUCGAGCCCGACGUUUACAGCUCCGCCGACAUCACCACGCUCCGAAAGAAAAUCGUCGCGGAGCUGAUAAACGGAGGGCUCGAGGGGGAGUUUGACCCCGUAGGGGAGUCAGGCGAGUCGCGGCUGUAA